AUGGAAGAAGCGAAUGAGGACGCAUGCAUUGCUGAACUAUUUGGAUGCAAAGGGAAGAAGAAAAAUAAUAAGACGAAGAAAACGGCCGAGACAGUUGGCGUGGAAGCAGCUGAGGAUUCUGCAAUAGUCGUUGCCGCAAACGAUGGUGGUGAUGCUAGUACAAGUAGCGGUGUUAGGAUUUCUCUGUUCGAUUUCUCGGUUGAGAAUUUUUUCCAAGACAUGGACACCAUUGCCAAACUCUGCAGGGAAGAACAACACUACGCUGCAUUUGAGCAAAGCGAGAUCCAGAGAAUAUCUUCGUCCGUCACUUUCUUAAGAGAAUGGAGAGAUUUUAAAUAUCCAUCAAGAAGCAUUAGGUUUGCUUACGGACUUGGGAGCCCUGAGAGCUCUGAGGGAAAGAAUGACAGUGCCAUAAAUUUACCUCAGUUUUCGUCUGCCACUGUUCCUAAGCAUAAUAUGCGAUGGGAGGAUCAACUUGGGGAUGCCAAUUCUCGGGAAUCUAGCAGAGAUUUUGUGAUGAAUGCUGGAGGUCCUGUAUGGGCUUUAGAUUGGUGUCCUCGGGUACACGAAAAGCCUGAUUGUUCAAUUGAAUGUAAGUUUAUUGCUGUUGCUGCUCAUCCACCUGGCUCUUCUUAUCACAAGAUGGGUGCCUCACUUACUGGCAGAGGUGUCAUCCAAAUAUGGUGUCUUCUAAAUAUCCGGGGACCCGACGAAGAGGUAUCUUCUCUCACAGAGGAGAGAAAAAAAAGACCUAACAAAGAUAGAGGCACAAAGGACAAAUCGACACAAAUAAAGAGGCCUAGAGGAAGACCAAGAAAGAAUCUAACAUUAGUAGCAGUGGAUGAUACGAACUGUGAGACCCAGUACGUGCCAGCUCUUGCUGUUCAGGUUGCAGAAAAUUCUACUGAGUUUACUGCUCCAGAUGGGAAUCUUGAAAAGAAUGAAGAAAUAUUUCCUACUACAAACAAGAGAAAAGGUAGACCUAAAAAAAAUGAAGCCCUGAAUGAAAAAUCAUCACUGAUAAAGAGACCUAGAGGAAGACCUAAAAAGAAUUCAAAUGAAGUAACAGCAGGUUAUCCAGAGUGUGAGAACCAAUCUGUGCAAGCUCUUGUUCAAGUUCCAGAAGAUUCAGCUGAAUUUAUUUGUCCAGAUGUGGCUCAUGGUAAUUGCAAUGGAAAGAGACCUAGACGAAGACCUAAAAAGAAUUCAGAUGAACUAACAUCGGCUGAUCCAAAAUGUGAGAACCAAUCUGGGCAAGCUCUUGCAGUUCAAGUUCCAGAAGAUUCAGCUGAAUUUCUUUCUCCAGAUAGGACUCCUGGCAAUUGCAAUGAAUAUGCUUUGCAACAAUAUUCAGUUACAAAGGGAAAGCAUGCCAAAAAAGCUGCCUCUGCAUGCAAUACUAUUCCAAAACGUCUUGUUAAAAGGAGUAGGUUGAAAAUUAAUAGUAGGGAGGGGAAGCAUAACCAAGAUAUUAGUCAGCCAUUAUUGAUACAGGGUGAGAAUGAGGCACAAAAUCAUAAGCAUUGUAACUCAGAAUUGGGUCCUCAGGCAGCUGCUUGUUCUAUUCCAGGAGAUGUUACUUUGCCAAGAGUUGUGUCAUGCCUAGCUCAUAACGGAAAGGUGGCAUGGGAUGUGAAAUGGCGGCCUACUAACAUUUCUGAUUCCUUAUGUAAGCACCGAAUGGGCUAUCUUGCUGUCUUGUUGGGCAAUGGAUCUCUGGAAGUGUGGGAGGUUCCUCUUCCUCAUGUAUUGAGAGCAAUUUAUAUGCAUAAAGAAGGCACUGAUCCACGCUUUAUAAAAUUGGAGCCCGUAUUUAAAUGUUCAAGGUUGAAGCCUGGAAUCACUAGAAAAAGCAUCCCACUAACAGUGGAGUGGUCAGUUACGCCCUCUCAUGACUAUCUACUUGCUGGCUGCCAUGAUGGAACGGUUGCUUUGUGGAAAUUCUCUGCAAAUGCUUCUUCUAAAUAUACAAAGCCUGUGCUUUGUUUCGGUGGGGAUACAGUUCCUAUUAGAACGGUUGCCUGGGCUCCAUUUGAAGGUGAUCCAGAGAGUUCUAAUAUAAUAGUAACCGCUGGACAUGAAGGCCUUAAGUUUUGGGACCUACGGCUGAAUAAAGCCAUCUAUGGUCUCAAACAGGCUCCUAGGGCCUGGUUUGAGAAGUUUCAGGCAGCCUUACAUCAACUUGGAUUUGUUUCUAUUAGAGUUUCUGUAUUGAAGGAAAACGAAAGAAACUGA